GAAAACUUCAUUCAUUUUCGAGUCGAACUGUCGCCGCUACGUGGCUCACAGAGUCUUCAGAAAUCGACAACAGGAGAAAGGCGAUCGUUUUGGACGCAGCUUCAACUAAUCCUUCACGUAGCCCAGUUUCCCGUUGGUUUUUGCGUAAAGUAGUAACUUAAGAUCAUCACAAUGAACGCAAAAUUUGUGCUUUCCAUUGCCGUUGUUGCGCUUUCGGCUUGUCUUAGCCAUGCCAGCACCUGCAACAACCCAGGGGUGAAAUCAAGCUUCUUCUCCACAUCGGACGCCACCAUCGUGAGCCAGAUUGCCUUCGUGACCGAAUUCACCCUCAAGUGUUCCAACGCUGGUGUCGAGAAGCUGCCAUUGUUUGCCGAAGUCGGCGGAAAGUUGAGUCCGGUGGUCCGAGUUGGAGAUAGCAAGUACCAGGUUAGCUGGAACGAGGAUAUCAAAAAGGCCAGCAGCGGCAGGUACAACAUCCGACUGUUCGAUGAGGAAUCCUUUGCUGCUGUGCGCAAGGCUCAGCGCGCUGGCGACAGCGUCCAGUCGGUGAAGGAACUGACCACCGUGACGGUGAACUACCCAGGUGCCUACAAGGGUCCAUGGAUCAACUCGGAGAUCCUCGCGGCCGGCGUUGUCGGACUGGUAGCGUACGUGGCCUUCUCCACCCGUACCAAGCUGCUUGCGUAAAGAGGAUUUCGUGAGCCACUCGCUGGCCCUAGUUUUGUUUGCUGCUGAAUUUUCCUUGUGCGUGCUUUUUGCCGUUUUGUACAAGUAAGAGAUUAAUUUAUCGUUUUUUCCUGAUGCAAAUCGGAGGUAGGCCAAAACUAGCUCACAUGUUCUAAAUGUGGGCCUAUAUAUUGACUGAGAAACAUCAAACAAAUAAAAGCCUCCAAUAUUACACAGUC